CAUUCCGGGCUCGGUGGAGAACCCGGGGAAACCGAUAUACCUUCGUGGCGACGAAAGCGUCAUUAUCGGCGGCGAGGUGGCGUCCGUCGUCGUCGUCGUCAUCCGCCGGGGGUGGAAACCGCGGCGAGGAAAUUUGCGCGAGCCUGAGGAAGACGCGGAGCGAACCGCCCUCUUCGGACGCGGGGUCCGGAAGACCACCCCCACUUCUUCCCCCUCUCGAUCGGGCGCGCGAGCGCACACCUCCCUCUUCAUCGCGGGUGCUUAGACAGCCUCGGGAAUCGAAGACACACGGGUACACCGAGUUCGACGGGUUGGAGAACCCGCGCGGCUCCUAACGCGACCGCCCUCCCGAGCAGCGAGGAUCCGUCGAAGCGACAGUUUCCGACAGUGUCGCGGAAAUGAGCUCCUCACGUUUCGGUGUUGCGUACUCGCUCGGGAACGUCGAUUAGGUGGUAGCCGCGUCCACCGGAGUGCCAUUGCUGAAACUGUCACCCUCAUGCCCCUCUGACCCCCCUCCCUGAGGAACGAUCUUUUCCUCCGAACGUCGCGACAGAUCGGGAAUCCCAGUCUGUGGAGUGCCAUUGGAGCAGAAAUUCGGUUCGACGUGGUGCGUCAUGAGACUUAAUCAGCGAGACGGGAGAAAUCAGUCGUGAUUGAUCGGGAGCAGCACUAAUCCCUCGAACUGACAGACCAGAUCUUGAUCGAGGAUGUCGAAUGAUCAUUCGGACGCUUCUCGGAGCCCGAGGAGUGACAGUGUUCGAGGUGGCACGGAGAGUGUUCGCGUUUCGGUGGCCGGUGACAGUCGGUGAGGGUGGAAGUGGUCUCGGUGUUCGAUCCGGAGGUGGACGAUUUCUAGGAGCUGAUGUGUGCACACCUCGCAAGACAGGACUCCUCCAAGAUACCUCAGAGAGCUUCGAAGGUCGAUCGGAUCGGUAGGAUCAGCGACGAAUCCACAGACUCCGAUCCGCUGGAUUGUUCGGUGUGAGUGAUCUCAAUCGCAGGGCCUCUGCGAGUUUGGUGCGCGAGCUGUAAUUGAAUUGUCACUUGUUGGAGUGAACAGACCGGGGUCGAUGAAUAGUCGGGGUGAUCAGUGUGGAUAAUCGGUAACUGGUUCGUUGGGCUCAUCGCCGAGGCAUGUCAGAACUAUGGUGAUAUCGAUGGGAGUGCUUCGUGGAAGGAACGGUGAUACCAACUAAAGAGGAAGAGGAUGCGCUGAGGAGUCGGCUGGUGCGCGAGGUUCGAGAUGUCCGCCGUAACCAGCCCGUAUGGCCCCCCGGACAUGCUUUCCGACUCGGUCUACAACUACGCGACGACCCGACGGGGCGCCGCCGAUCAGGACAGCGACUCCCAGUACGAGAGCCAGGCGCAGUUGCAGAUCACCAGCAGUAUACAGAAGCCGCGGAACAAGCGGAAGAACUUCAAGCCUAUAAGCAGCCGGAUGGCGGAGGUGUCGGACGAGUCCGAAAGGGACGACGACGAGCCGGAGGUCGUGGAGGAGAGCUCCAGCGAGAUCCUCGAGUACGAGAGGAAGACGAUGCUGUUGCCGGCCGAGGAGAGGUCGAAGCAGAGGCUAAACAACAACGAGGUCAGCCCGAUGGACCUCUCGGUCACCACCAGGCCGCCCUCCUCCGAGGCCGAUGACGACAGUGCGGACUCCCUCAGGCACAAGUUCAUCCUCGAGCAGCUCAGGUCGCAGAAGUUGUACUCCCCCGGCACAGAGGCGAGAAGUCCGAACUCCGAUUCGUCGGAGAGGAGCGGCAGCGGCGUCCUCGACGCGGAGUCGUCUCGUUUGGACGACCAAGACACCCAGUUCGAGGACGAGCGGGGCAACGACGCGGACGGCGAGGCCGAGAUCGAGGAGCGGAAGCCCUUCGAGGGCAUGAGGGAGUACGCGGAGUCGACGAUGCAGGAACUUCUAGCGAUCUACGGGCUGGCAGGAGGCGAGCUGGCGAAGUCGGUCAGCAGGCAACUGCCGCCCACGUUCCUCAACCCGAGUGUUGGUCACCAGGCUCAAGGAAAGAUGAAAGUGAAGGAAGAGAAAGACGCCUCCUCGAUGGCCCCCGGAAGUCCACCCACGCCUCCGCACACCCCACAAAGUCCUCAGCGCGCGAUUCCACCCCUCGGCAACCUGUCGCAGUCCUGCCAAACGUCAAACGCGAAUUCGCCGAGUCUACAGCAGCAACAGCAGUCGCAACAACAGCAGCAGCAGUCCCAGCAACAUCAUCAACAGCAACAGCCAAAACAGCACCAGUCGCAAGAGCAGCAACAACAUUCCCUGCACGCCAUGGCGAACUCGUCCCUGAAUCAAAUACUGGUGCAGAACCCGGCGCUGGCGCAACUGCUGCAGCAGAAUCCCGCGAUCCUGUCGCAGAAUCCGCAGUUGGCGCAGCUGCUGCAGCAGAAUCUGCAGGUUCAGAUGGGCAGCGUGCUCUUUCAGAACGUGAGGCGGGAGGAGCCCGAGGAUGCUAGGGUACCGCCGACAAUAGCGAGCCUGGCGGCGAUGAAGGUGGAGGCAGCUGACCCGAAGGUUUCCGCUUUGCUGAGACAGAGCAUGUCUCCCGUGGCGGAUUCCCUGAUCGGCGGCUCGAAGACCACGGUGUCCCAGCCGAUCAUCGAUUACUCCCGAUACGUGAGGAGGUACAGCUCGAGUCAGGAAUGCGGCAGUACGUACUGCAAGGAAAUGGGUUGCAGGGAACACUUUCAUUGUCUGGACUGCAGCGGCCGGGUGUUCGUGAAGAAGGAGGAGAUGAUCAGGCACUUCAAGUGGCACAAGAAGAGGGACGAGUCCCUGCAGCACGGCUUCAUGAGAUACUCGCCGACGGACGAUUGCUCGGACAGGCAUCCCGGCCGGGCCUGUCCGCACAAUAGAAAACAGACCCACUAUCAUUGCAUCCACGAAAAUUGCGACAAGGUGUACAUAUCGACGUCGGACGUGCAGAUGCACGCGAAUUACCAUCGCAAGGACUCGGCGAUCAUACAGGAGGGCUUCCAGCGAUUUCGGGCCACCGAGAGUUGCGCGACCGACCAUUGUCCGUUCGCUGGUCAACGGACCACGCACUUUCACUGUCGGCGACCGGGAUGUCGGUUCACGUUCAAGAAUAAGGCCGACAUGGACAAGCACAAGUCUUACCACAUCAAGGACGAGCAACUGUCGCGCGACGGCUUCAAGAAGUUCAUGAAAUCGGAGGCCUGCCCCUUCGAGCAGUGCCGGUUCUCGCGGGUCUGCAACCACAUUCACUGCAUACGACCCCAUUGCAGCUACGUUCUCCACUCGUCCGGGCAGCUCUUCUCGCACAAGCGGAAACACGAGCGUCACGAGUCCGAGUUGGCGUACCGGAAGUACAAGCAGGUGAGCGCGACGGGUGGCAUGCGUCCCUCGGGCUCGUGGGCGCCGGACGAAUUGAGCGGUCAGAGCUUGUCCCUGAGCCUGAACGGCGAGAGCUCGAACGAAGGCAGAGGCUCUCCGUCGUACUACUCGUUGGAGGACUCCUUCCAAAGCGGCAGCGACCUCGCGAUAGACCUCACCGCCCCGACCACCGCCGUCACGGCGAGCGGAAGUUCCGUCGAUCAACAUCAGCAAUCCCAACAACUCACCGCGGCCGAACUGGCUUACCUGGUGCCCGCCAGCGCGGAAUGCGCGUGCAACGCCGCCCGGGAGCACCAUCAUUGCGGAUUGGAGCGUUGCGGCGCCACCUUGAAGGAUCCCCGUGAAGUCCGAGAGCAUCUGAAGGAGCACGAGACGCAGGAGCGCAUAACGGACGCUUUCUUCGAGGAGGGCGGCUGCGAUGACAGCUGUCCGUACGCGGACAAGGAGAAGCAUUAUCACUGCAACUGGGAGAACUGUCGGGAGGUGAUACUCUCGACGGACAAGCCGUUCCGCAGGCUGCAGCACUACAAGAUCCACGAGUACAGCCGGCAGUUGAAUCUCUCCUGUCCGUCGCACAGCCUCUCCUCCGACGUGACGCUGACCCACCUGACGAACAUCGACGCGAUGUUCAGGCGGAAGCGCGGCAGGCCGCCGAAAAACCGAGUGAUCGAGAUCUGGUCGGGCGGCGACCCCGCCACGCACACCCACGACUCACCGCAGGCGAUCUUCACGAGUUUCAAGCUGCCGAAGCCGCAGGCGCCCAAUCUGACGCCCAUCGCGCUGCUGGAGGAGCGAGAGGGCAGCGUGUCGCCCUCGAACAGCCUGGGCGAGCCCGACGGGUUCGCCACCUUCAACUCGGACGGCUGCCCGGACGCGGCGUGCGCCCUCAGAUUGACCAAGCAUCACCACUGCUCGCAGCCGCGCUGCCACUUCUCCACCGAUCGGCCGGACCAGCUGCUGAUGCACAGCAAAGACUUCCACGACAACGUCGACAUACCGCCGGGCUUCGCCUUCUACGACAAGAUGGUCGACUGCCGGCUGGCCGGCUGCCACAGCAACCGCGUGAACCGUCACUUCCACUGCACCAGACCGAACUGCGGCUACUCGUUCGUCAGGUACUCGACGAUGGUGAUGCACGAGAAGCAGCACUCCGGCGAGUCCUGCGAGUCGAGCAGUCAAGAGUGCCAGACGCAGUCCUUGCUCCAAGAGACGAAGCCCCGGAUCCAAGUGAAGAACCCCGCCGAGCUGAUAGAGAAGCCCGACGAGACUCUGUCCGCGGGCGAGCCGGACAACAGGACGAUGAUCGACGACAAGGAGGCCGCGAGUCCCGACAGCGGCAAGACCACCGUGGUGAGGGCGGCUGGCACCUAUUAUCCGGUCAGCGGACCGCCGAGCGAACCCGCACUUCCGGGCGUCGUGCUAUCCAUGCGAGCUUCCGUGCACCAAGAGUCACCGGUGAUACCGUCGAUGAGCUCCACCUCGCCGCACACCCUCUACGGGCCGGAGCAGAGCUGCAGCAGGCCGUUCUGCAAGCUGAAGCGCAAGAACCACUAUCACUGCAACGCUUGCAACCAGGCCUUCUCCGAGCUGGACCGUCUGGUCGCGCACAUCGCGAAACACUCGACCGGCGCGAUCCUCAGCCAGCAGCAGCACGACGUGGUCAGCCCGUCGCCGAAUCAGCUCCAGCACGACUACAUCGCCCAGCUCUCGCAGAAGCAGCACGACUUCAUGUCGCCGAACGCUCAGAUGGCGCAGAACAUACAGAACUUCCAGAACCAGAUGCAGCGGCAGAUGCAGCAGACCCUCGGCCAGAUCGGCCAGCAGUCCUCGUCCCAGCCGAAGGACAUCAAGCUGGAGAAACCGAGGUGCGACAUCGGCGUGCAGAACGUGCCGAGCGUCAAGCGAGAGCCGGCCGAGAUCGCCCGGGACGACGGGAACGGUGCCGCGAUGGACGGCCACGAGAACGGGCAACUGGCGCAGCCGCCGAUCCCGCCGAAUGUGCAGCAGCCCUCGGCGGUACCCACCAGCUUCGAGCUCGAUCUCACCCACGGCUUCCACUUCCCCAGUCCCGCCGUGAUGGCCGCCAUGAACCAGCAGAUCGCCCUGAUGAAUCAGGCCCUGCCGCCGUUUCUCCAGCACGGCGGCAUGUACGCCGGGGCACCCGGGCUGAUGUUCGCGCCCGGUCUCCCACCGACCAACUUCCUUCCACCCGCCAGGGACGAGAACCCCUUGGCCUCGUUGGCGGCUAAUCUCAAUCUGAACAAGAGGUCCCUCUCGCCGCCGGACGCUAACUCGCCGGAGGCGAAGAAGCAACGACUCCACCACUCCAUGCGGAUGCUGAAGGACGAGCCUGUGCCGGAGGGAUAUGUUAGGUUCAGGUUCAACGAAGACUGCAGGUACCCCCAUUGCGGCUACAGGGAGCACCAGACUCACUUCCACUGCAUGCGGCAGGACUGCGGCUACUCCUUCUGCGACAAGACUCGCUUCGUGCAGCACACCGCGCGGCACGAGCGGCUGGACACGUUGAUGGGCGGCGACUUCCAACAGUACCGGGCGAACGUGCCCUGCGGACGGGCCCAGUGCGCGUACACGUCUUCGCUCGGCUCGAUGCAGAACAAGGCGUCGCACUUUCACUGUCUCAAGUGCGACUUCGUCUGCACGGACACGAACAAGGUGGUGGCGCAUCGGCGGCAACACGCCAAGCUGGACAGCAUCGCCGCGGCGGGCUUCCAGAAGUUCACCCCGAGUCAACCGUGCGGCGGUGUACAGUGCCAACACUCGGGCAAGCAGACGCACUAUCACUGCCUGCAGUGUCAGUACGCGGUGCUGGGUCUGGCGCAGAUGUCGGCGCACAAGUACCGGCACAUGGACACCUAACGAUCUCCCGUGGAAGUCCUGUGCCGCAGCAGGCUCGAAUAAAGCAUUACCUUGCUCCCUGUAGACAUUCCCCCGAGAGAAGGGCGUCAGCGGAACCGGCGGUAGGUAGCCAGCUGGGCGGGAAGGAAGGAAGGAACCGGAGGCUAGUCAGCGACUUCGUCUCAGCGCUCGGUGCUCGUCAUCGACCGACAAUUGUACCGCGAAAAAGGAGGUCGAACAGUCGUCCGCGAAACUCCGGAAGGGGCCAAUCAAGGCAGAUUCCUAGUCCCUAUAGACAUUCCCCGAGAGAGAUAGAGAGGGAGAUUGAGAGAUCGCUCGAGUGCCUCGAUCGCUCGCGAUCGUUCCUGCGGACGAUUCGCGGCACGAUCCGCUGGGGGGCUAGUCAGUAACGUUUACCUUCGGGAUAAGUACUAAAAAAUGGCUCGACGAGUCGAGGGUCCGCGGCAGCAUCGAGGAAACGACGCCGAGGCAACGCUCGAUCUCUUCGUAUUCAGGGUCUAAAGAACUUUGAACCGAUGAUAAGGUAUCGAGCUACCGCCGUAAUCUGUCGGGCAGUUUCCAGAAAGCUUUCCGGAAACGGACUCGAACGUGGGGCAUAUUCCGCCUGUACAAGGUUCAUACCACACGUACACGCAGACACACACACACAUACGCGUAUAUACAUAGAGUCGAAUCUCAGAGUAGAAUUCUACCGAUGCCUUGGCAACCGGGAACCAACGAGGGACGUGAACGGAACGUGGCGUAGCACCUAAGACAAUAAUACGAAAAUAAGCCUAUCGCAUAGUUUUAGCACGAGAAAAAGACAAACUAUAAUAAUAUUUAAUAGGAGAAAAAGAGAGGGAGAGAAAGGAAGCCCCGUGUACAUUUCCCUUCGUUAGCAUCAUCCCGUGUACCCUCCGUGUGAGAAUAGAUCUCACGGCGAUCUAGAAUAUAGCCUAAUCGCGUUAUCGACGGGACGAGAAGCGGCGGGAAGGAUAAGCGAAACCGACGGAUCGCGAUGACCCGCGAAUGAGACUCUUUCUGCGCGUCGUGACAAACAGCGGGAAUCGCGUCUCUCGCCUCCCCACUGAGAAUCGUCUGGAUCGCGAACUUAAGAAACGUCUGUUGCGUAUCGGCGACGUCUUAACGUCUACGUUACGCAAUCGAUAACAAGAAGACCCCGCAAUAACCGGAAACAUUUUUACGACGUGCGCGCCGGCUAUUUUCCGCAUCUCCGGUUCUCUUAUCUCUCCCGAGUGAUUCUUUUUCAAACCAACGCGCUCCGCACGGGCCUUCCUAUUGGCGGUCCGCCGGCAGAUUUCACGAUGAAACUUCCUGACUGGUGUUGCCAACUUAGUUUCUUUUCCAUCCGUUUUUAGCUUAUUCGAAUGUCGACUAAAGUGCAAGAAUCAUGGUUUCAGCUGAUUUCCGUUUUACCGCAUUUCCUGGAUUAUUUGCAAGCUGAAUCGCUGGAUUUCUUUCCUCGUACAAGCUAACUUUCGUGCUUUGAAUUCAGUUUCAAUCGGACUUAUAGGUACUCGUGAUCAGAUUUUGUAAAAGACACGACAUGUGAAGUUUCAAACUCAUGCAUUUCUUUUAUAUUAUAUUCACGUAAUAAAAGCAGUUACAUGCGCAAAAUUGACUACGUUCUUUCUCUUUUUUUCUUUUUUCAUUUACGCGCUCGUUCCCGCAUUGAGCGCGUAACGUUGACCACCUUUGGUUUAUUUUAGAGAGACAAAUGUGACGAAUUUGUAAACGUCGAGUUGGCAACAAACGUUCGUAACGUGAAAGUUCGCCGAGCCGAUGCAGUUAUCUACGCGACGACGCAGAUAGAAUUGUUGCCGCGCGCGAUGAAAUAACAUCUCCUUUCCAUCCCCGGCACUAUUCGCGUCCUCGUGAUAACUGACCAGACUUAACCCGCGAUCACUCGAUUAGGAAGUCCCAUUGUGAAACUCGCUCGUGUUUGCCGUGGUAAUCCCAAACUGUUCGCUUAAUCGGUUAAACUGAGAGAGCCGAUUGUGCAAUGACGAUUAUGAUAACGUCGAGCACUCUAAGCAGAAGAGAGGGAAAAAAUGCGCUUUUCGAGACGAAUCGCGAUUCGGAGGGUACGCGAUGAGAGAAUUACACAAACAGUAUUGAUAAGCCGAGAAUUAAAGAAACUAGACUGCGGAGUCCGAGGUAGGCCGGGUGGAAGACGAGACAAGGAUGCAAGACGAGAUCGUUGAAAUGGUUAAGUCGAGGAGAAGACCGGAAGUGAUAAGUCGGAUAUACGCGGAUAUCGCGACGAAAAGGUGUGCAUUCGGCCGUUGAUCGAUGUAACGCAAAACCGUUCAACACACGGGGAGAAGAAAUUUUGCUGGAACAGCAAAUGUUUGUCAACAUAGUGACGGUAGGACAAAGUUCGUUUAGACAGCAAAAAGAUCCGCGUGGACAGCAGAAAGAUUUGUUAUGAGUAAAUUGCUAUUUGCUGGAUGUAUGGACGGCAAAAUAAUUUGGUCAAGCCGACUAAAUUUUCUUUGAUUUAUUUGCCAACGGCAAAGCUCUUUCUACCGGUGCGACAAGUCUUUUCGCUGUCGCAAUAUUGACAAACAAUUUGCUGCCCCGGCAAAACUGUUGUUCUCUCCGUAUAUAUGUGUGUAUAGCGUAUGUGUACAUUGUGAUUGUGGUGCGAGUCGCGUUCGAGGGAGGAAUCGGUCUUCCACGCUUCCAUUCCUAGAGCGUGCUCAACGAUAUCCGCGAUAUCCUGUCCGCUUUCAUUCGAUACGGAGUCCGUUUUCUCGCGCAGCCUCGCCGGGUGUUCCUUCGUCGGGCGAGCGGUUUCCGUUUCCUUCGUAUUUGAAUGUUUAUUUUACACACACACACAGACGCGACGACCGGCAAGGUGUGCGUAGAAGAUCGCGACAACUAGAUCGCACACUUAUCUUCGAGGUUUUAAUGAGACGCACGAUUUGUUUGCCCCGUAGGCAGACGAGGCCAGAUAACGACGCCGGAUGAACGAUAAGGGGUAUCCGGAGAGGUUCGCGCGCGCGAUUCUCGCGCGAAGAAUUGCAGAACGCAGGGCACGCAUAUUUUCUUUUUCUUUCUCGGGGCGGACAAUUAGACGUAGCACACGGGAGAAACAUUACGCGACUGCUCGGUGAGAGGACGCGCUUUAGGGUGCCUUUAGAAUUUUCUCCGAACCUUCGUAGGGCCGUGCCUUAGAUAAUGUACAAAAACAGACACUCAACGCAGGAAGUUAUUUGUAAUACGGUGUAGCGAUGGAAGAAACGACGAUUAGAUCACAAUCGUGGACACGGGAAAAGAUUAGUCUGAAAUCAAGAAUCUUCUUCAUUCAAGAAUAGUUUCUUCGUUUAAGAAUAAUUUUUAUUCUCACAUAUAAGCGAGAAUAUUACAAUCCUCUUGGAAGAAUUUUUGGUCUUGAAUUGAGUUCAAGUAUACUUGCGUGAAUUCUAUUAAAUCAAGACUAAAAGGAUCUCCUAAGAGGAUUAUGAUAUUCUUGCUUACGAAAAUAUCUAAAUGUUUUGGAUUUAAGAUUAAUUUUUUUUCCGUGCAUGAUUAGAUUUAAGGAUGGUAGGUCACAGCUCGAUCGGGUAUUUAAGAUAUCGUCUUAGAUUCACUUUAAGAUGCUUUUGUAGACAAUGAAACAGAUCUUAUCGCAUUAUUGACCGAUUAUUUUUAUCGUCGUUCAACACCUGUUCUCGGUUAUUCAUUUGUAAAACGCAGAUAACUGUAUAAAACUGAACGAUUUAAUUUAAUUUUAAUUUAUCAAAGUCGCGAAAUUGAUGUUUUAAGUGACGAGACAUUUUAAUUAUUUUUUUUUUUAAAUGAGUGGUUAAGUUUGUAUUUGGUUUAUCAGGGUCAAACCUGAUAUCUGUAAAAUGUUCUGCAAUAUUUUAAUUUGUUUUGAAAUGUGAUACGCUAGCAAAAGUGUUCAGCUAGCAAAACACGAGUUUUCUCGUGAACGGUUAACGAGAUAUUGAAAUGAAUUUAAGACGAAUUUAAAUAUAAGAUCGCGUUAUGAUUACCGUCCUACAUGCUCGUCAAUUUGCAGCCACGAUCGAAUUUAGAAAGACGAAUCGACGGAAGACUGAGUCCUUUCAAAUCCUGAAUAAUGAAUCAACGCGUUCAUCGAUUUCCAUAUUAUCGAACGGUGAGGUUCCUGGACGGAAACUUUUUCCAGAUUACUUUAGCUGGCCGACCGUAAGACGAUCGUAGAUGUAGCGAUUGUAUAACUUUAGUGCCUUAAGGAGUGCGCAUCAAACUAGGUGAAACAUCACUGAGCACAGUCGCCGGGAUAACCGUUAUAACGUUUCUAGAAUUUUUUAUGGAACACCUACGACUCGUUCGGAGAAGAAUUAUUUGAUUCUUAAUUCGCGCAACUCACCGUCGCCAAGGACUUUUCCGGCGUAUCGCGUAUAAAAUUACCUCGAAAUGUAUGAAAUUCCGCGGAAUGUAAGAAACAAAUCGCGGUCAACUUUGUAUUAGCGAUUAGUAAGAAGAAACGCCGACGCCGGUAACGAAAAUUUGUUAUGUAUAUUUUCGCCAGAACGUCUUUCAGUAACGAUCCCGGCAGAAAGUGGAAAAAUCUCAUCAAGUUGCAUCAGACGGUAACGAGCGAACUUCAGCAUCAUGAAAAAAAAUCGACAAAUUUAUAACAUUAUCAUAAUCAGAACGUGUCCGCUCCUAAUUAAGAUAAUCGACGGCGACCUUAUGUUUUCUGUCUCGCGUCGCAGUAAGCGAUAAUAGACGCCAGUGCUCUAAUUUACGUCGUAGACAUCGGCCAGUCGUGGAUUCAAUGACAUCAGGCGAUAUCGUCCAAAUGCAUGCUUAACGGUCGCGAAGUUGAUAUUCGGCGACGAAUACGACACACUUAGGUAGGAGAAAAAUCUCGCGAGACGUCACAUAUCGAAGCUACCGCUAGUUGUUCCAACUAUAUUGUAAUGAGAGAGAGAGAGAGAGGGAGAGAGAGAGAGAGAGAGAGGGAGAGAGAGGUCGUGCUUCAUCGUCGAAAAUGUGUCCUCUUCCAGCAGGAGGAGCGAUUGCCGAUUGCGUGUAUUGCGGCAAUAACUGUGAAGUAAAAAAUUAUAAGACGCUGUGUACAAAAAUGGACAUUUUGAGUAAUAUAAUGAAGCAAAUUAUUUAUUUUAAUAAGACGUGUCUCAUCCAUUAUGACCCGUAGUCGUAAACGUGAAAGGAAAAAGGGGAAAGAAAAAGGGAGGGAGCACAGAUUGGUGUAAUUUCGGGGGCGGCAACAUGAGCGACGAAGCUCGUGAUAGAAUCGAGAAAUUAUCACGUUUCGGAAAUAUUAUACCCGGUCCUUACGAUUUUCCACUUCACAGUACAGAAACCAGAGGUAGAGCCGAGCGAUACCGACUCACCACGGUGAAGAAUCGAUCGUAAUCGUAAUCAGGGUCAUUCGGCCGGGUCAGUCGGCCGGAUCCUCCGGAUUACGCGCAAAUCGAAGGAUACAGAGACUACAUAGAUGUUCUUAAUAGUUCUUUUUUUUUUCUUAAAUAUUACAAUAGUAGCAUUCCAUAGCGAGUCGAUAGUCAUCGAUCCUGUCCACGUCGACGGUGCGUCGUCUCUGCGCGAGGAUUUGUCAAAAAUCGCGGAGAAAGCUCGCCAGACUCGGUAUCGCGUGUCGCAUUGGCGACGUAACGCGAUACCGAAGCGGAUACCAUCCCCGUAGAGCGCAGAGAAAAGAGAGGAGGAGAAGAAGAGAAGAAAAGGAGGAUAGACGAAACCGAAGAUAUCGUUCGCAUCGGGAACGUGGAGAGGCUUAUAUAGAGCCCAGCCAUUAAACGAGUGCCAUAAAACCACGUUGUAAAAGUCGAAGUACAUUUUUACUAUUGUUAAGUCGAGAGACACUUGCGGGACUACGGAGGAUUAGACAUGGUCGAUAGACAAAUCUGUAUAAUAUUUAUUUAGUGUUUAAUCGACGGGACACACGGGAAGGCAGAGAUGUGCGAAGAACGGGGAGAACGAACGGAGUGAAACGAAAUGAGGAAUUCACUCGCUCGAAGUGUAAUCGCGAAAAGUGAAUUUUACUCGACGUCGGGUGAACGGAGAGAGAGAGAGAGAGAGAGAGUUAUUAGCAACGAUAUUUGAUGGUUGCCUUAUAAAUGUCGAACCCCCUCCCCCCCCCCCUUAUUAUAUAUAUAAUAUAUAUACAUAAUUUAUGAAAAUUAUUAUAUAUAUUAUUAUAUAAUACGAAAUAUAUAUACAUAUGUGGUUAUCGUCUGAAAAUGACGAAAGCAAGACGAGAACGAAGCGGAGUUGUAUACCAGUAGAACGUACUGUUAUUCGAAGAAGCUAGAGAGAUUCUAUCGUAUGUGGUCAUUAGUAUUAAAGUAUCUGCUGUACGGAUCCAAGAGAGAAAGAAAGAGAGGGAGAGAAAGAGAAAGAAGAACAACUAUUAUAUAUAUAAUUUUAUCUAU